GUCACGCGGCAGUUAGCGCGCUUCCACGCUUGGCGGUCGCAAUUUAAAACCAAUUCCGGAGAUCUGGAGAGCUAAGAUGAGAACUCCACUUCUAAGUGAGCUCGAAAACAAUGAACAACUCUUCUCCAAAGAUCAAUGGACACCAGCAUGGUGUUUCAUCACCUUUGGAACGGGUGCUGUCAAUGCCCCGGCCUGGGAAGGCCCCUCUCAGUACUCCUAACACCCCAGUCCUUGAAGACUUUCCUCAGAAUGACGAUGAAAAGGAGCGGAUGCAGCGGAGACGCUCCAGAGUCUUUGACCUGCAGUUCAGUACAGACUCAUCUCAUGUGCUCGCCUCCCCUAACAGGAAUAUUGAUGUUUCAACUACCAUAUCUAAGUUUACAAACACACAGAUUACAGAACAUUACUCUACCUGUAUCAAGCUGUCUACUGAAAACAAAAUCACUACUAAGAAUGCUUUUGGCUUGCAUUUGAUUGAUUUCAUGUCAGAGAUUCUUAAGCAGAAGGACACAGAACCAACCAACUUUAAAGUGGCUGCUGGCACCUUGGAUGCCAGCACCAAGAUCUAUGCUGUUCGUGUGGAUGCUGUCCAUGCUGAUGUAUACAGAGUCCUUGGAGGGCUGGGUAAGGACCCACCAUCUCAAGAAGAAGUGGAGAGCCAUGGCACAGAUGGAAGUGCUGUUGAACCAGGAACAACCAAAAAGGCUGCAAAGCCAAAGAAGAAGACGUCCUGCAAAACCAUUGAGCAGAAUCUAAGCAACAUCAAUGUCUCCGAAGCAGAUCGGAAGUGUGAGGUGGAUCCUAUGUUUCAGAAGACCGCGGCCUCAUUUGAUGAGUGCAGCACAGCUGGGGUAUUUCUCUCCACCCUUCACUGCCAGGACUAUAGAAGCGAGCUGCUUUUCCCUUCUGACAUGCAGACUCUCUCCUCGGGAGAACCUCUGGAAUUGCCAGAUUUAGGUUGUGUAGACAUGACAGAUUUAAAAGAGCCCUUGCAGCAGUGUGUGGAAGACCGCCAGCUCUGCCCUUCUCUGGCCGGGUUCCAGUUUACUAAAUGGGACAGUGAAACGCAUAAUGAGUCUGUCUCGGCCCUGAUGGACAAGUUUAAGAAGAACGAUCAGGUAUUUGACAUCAACGCUGAAGUUGAAGACAGUGAUGAUGGGGGCAUCCCUGAUGGGCCCCUGAUGGAAGACUUUGAUGACAAUGAUGAGCCAGACCCUUCUGCAGCUGGGGAUCAUGAAGAGUUGGGGAGCUGGAAGGAGCUCAGCAAGGUCCAAAGCAGCCAGGAAGAAAUUAUUUCCCUCAGGGACAGAGACAUCCAAACCAUGUGCUCCUUUUUAUCCAUGAAACCUGGAGAAUACUCCUAUUUCAGUCCCCGGACCAUGAAGAUGUGGGCUGGCCCAGAUCACUGGCGCUUUCGGCCUCGACCCAAACAAGAUACUGCCUCCCACAUGGAGAACAAAAAGAAGAGUGCAAAGAAAGACUUUGAAAUUAAUUUUGACGAUGAUAUUGAUUUUGAUGCAUAUUUUCAGAAAACAAAGGCUGCUACCACUCUGACAAAGUCCACUUUGGAGAACCAGAAUUGGAAAGUCACCACUCUUCCCACAGAUUUCCACUAUGAAAAGGAUGCUCUCGUCCAGCUCCACCUCAAGCCAGGCAUAAGGUUACUUAAGAUGGGCCAGGACCAGAAGGCGAAGACUGAGCACUAUGAGGAAAUUGAAGACUAUGAUUACAACAACCCUAACGAUACCUCCAACUUUUGCCCUGGACUUCAGGCUGCUGACAGUGAUGAUGAAGAGUCAGAUGAGUUAUUUUCGGGACCAAUUGGGACCUUUGACCUCGAAUCUGAUCCUUGCUCUACGCCAAAGACAGCACAGGAGAAUGGUCACUUGUCUUCUGAAAGCCAAGGAGUAGACAUCACAACUUACGGAGAGUCGAACUUGGUGCCUGAGCCUCAGAAGGUGAAUAAAAUAGAAAUUCAUUAUGCCAAAACUGCCAAAAAGAUGGACAUGAAGAAACUGAAGCAGAACAUGUGGAGUCUGCUGACAGAGUUUCCUAGAAAGGAGGCUGACAUAGAGGCAAACCACAGAGUCAAUGGAAAAGAAGGGGACCCCGAGCAAGUGACUGACGAGAAGAUGCUCAGUGGGCUCACGAAGGACCUGCAGAAGAGGCUGCCCCCGCUCAUGGCUCAGAACCUCUCCAUACCUCUGGCUUUUGCCUGUCUCCUGCAUUUAGCCAAUGAAAAGAAUCUGAAGCUAGAAGGCACUGAGGAUCUGUCUGAUGUUCUUGUGAUGCAAGGAGACUGAGGCCACCUGAGACGGCUGUGGUGGGAGACCCUGCGUUCCAGCGGCACUGGAGAGACAUGCUGGGGUGGUGUGGCUGUGGCCAACUACCACAGUGCUGUUGCUCUCCCCCUCUUGCCACCUCGGUCUGGAUGCCACACUGCAGCUCCAUGCCAUGGAAGUUCCCACAUGGUGCCCAUCCACCUGCAUAGGGGCCUCAUUGGUCUGGAGUAUAAAGUCCUCUGUUCUUUAUAUCCAUGUGCUUCUGGUCACUAGAAUCCACUUUCUGCUCUGUACUGAUGUAGAGAAUAGUUUCUCAGCAGCUUCCUACUGCUUUUAAAGAGUUCUCUGUUCCAUGUACAUAACAUUCAUCAUUUGUAAACUUAAUUGUAUAAUA